AAAUAUUGUAUUUAAAAAAAAAAUUUGACCUAAUAAACUAAAUCCUAACCCUAAAAGCUUCAGCCCCUGCCGACCCUCUCUUCCCUCUCUUCUCCCCUGCCCUGUCGACCCUCUAUUCUCCCUCAGCCUUUCCAUGCGUCUCCCUUAGUUUCAGACUCGCACCUGGCCGCACAUGGACGCCGUUGACGAGAUCUGUGGCUCGCUCAAGCAGAUGUGGAGAGGCUCGCUGCAACGGUGGCUCGCGGCUCACGAUGAGGCGGUGGCUCGCGAAGGGGCUCGCUGCAACGGUGGCUCACAGAGGCGGUGGCUUGCUGUAACAGUGGUUCGCAGAGGGGCUCGCUGCAACGGUGGCUCACAGAGGCGGUGGCUUGCAAGCGGGUCUUCAUUUUCAAGUGGUGGCUGCAGGCAGGUCUUCAUUUUCAGGAAAGUAGUCUUAGUGGCGGGAAAGGUUCUUGGAAGCUUGGAGAAUGUGUAUUGAGGCAGAAUGGAUUCAAGAGCCGAGCGUUUCGAUUCGAGGAUGUAGUUUUGUUUUAUGGUUUUUACAUGUAUUUUUCCGCACUAUUUAUGUAAUCUCUUUUCAUUUCAAUUAAGAUAUGUUUUGUUUUUAAAACAAUGGGAUCCCAUAUCCUAACCUAAAUUUUAUGUAAGUUUAACUCUUAUUUUUACAAGUUUCUUAAUAAAGUCAUGGUAUUUUCACUUGUAA